AAAUACGGGCAACUGUCAUAGACCAUGUUCUUGUCCACGGGUUGACAAUGAGGGAAGCAGGACUUCGAGUUCUGCCCAACCUAAGCAGAUUCACUGUGUCCACCAUAGUCCGAAGAUUCAGAGAAGAGAACAGGUAAUUGCUUUUUUUCAUUUUGUACAUUUGUGCAGUAUGACUCAAUAAAAAGGUGUUUCAUUACACUCAUUUUCCAAUAUACUUGUAGGCCUCGUACUACAUGUAUUUUUUUGUAAUUGCAUGUUCUUUUUGUAGAAUUACCAGAUUGCCACAUCAGGGAGGGAGGCCAUCUAUGUUGUCCCCACGCCAAGAGACCCUCAUUGUUGACAUGGUCCGUCAGAACAAUUCAGUCAAACUCUGUGAAAUACAGCAGAAGAUCAUUGACGACCAUGUUGAUUUUGAAGGCAUCACCAGUAUCAGCAUUUCCACCAUUGAUCGUGUCCUAAAACGCAACAGGAUGCGGAUGAAGCAACUGUACAGAGUACCCUUUGAGCGCAACUCAGAAAGGGUCAAGGAGCAAAGAUUCCACUAUGUACAGAGAGUGUUUCAACUGGAUUCCUCAGAACAACCACAUGAAUAUAUUUAUAUGGAUGAAGCUGGGUUCAAUCUGACCAAAAGGAGGAGGAGAGGCCGGAAUGUGAUUGGCCAACGAGCCAUUGUUACAGUUCCUGGCCAGCGUGGUGGCAAUGUCACUUUAUGUGCUGCAAUCAGCAAUCAUGGUGUUCUCCACCAUCAUGCCACAUUGGGGCCAUACAACACUCAACACCUCCUGACAUUUUUAAGUGAUCUUCGGGAUAUUGUGUUAGGGUUUCAGCAGCAGGAUCAUGAACAGACAGAGCAUCCUGUCUAUGUCAUUGUGUGGGAUAAUGUGAGUUUUCACCAUGCCGUGCAGGUCAGAGAGUGGUUCACUAGAAACCAAGAAUUCCUGAAUGUUUUCCUACCACCAUACUCCCCUUUCCUCAAUCCAACAGAGGAGUUCUUCUCUGCAUGGCGCUGGAAGGUUUAUGACCGACAACCCUACACCAGGGAAAAUCUCUUGCAGGCCAUGGAACUGGCCUGUAAUGAUAUAGGUGUGGAUGCAUGCCAAGCGUGGAUCCGGCACACUAGAAGUUAUUAUUACCCACGCUGCCUGGCAAGGGAGAAUGUGGCCUGUGAUGUAGAUGAAGUCCUGUGGCCUGACCCAGCACAUCGACAUGAUGUUAUAGAGUAG